GGCAAGGCAAGUAUUAUCCGAAUAUGAAAUAGUGGCGACUUGGAGUUUCUACGCGGACCGCCCCUUAUCCACUCCCUCCCUACUCUUCUGGACACAACAUUCAAAACAAUGGCGGCAUUUGAGGCUGCACUCUCUGUCUCCUUCCUCUACUCGUCUUCUUUUCCUUGUUAUUCCUCCAAACUCAACUCGUCCCCCAGACAAUUGGCUCCCCUCAAGCUUCAUAUUCCCAAUUCUACGCCUCCCAAUUCCCUCGAUUUUCUUCUUUCCGGUCCCCGACGCAUCCCCACAAGAAAGCUCCGUUUUGAGCUGCUGUGCUCUGCGGUGGAGGAGAUUACAGCAGAAGAAGAAAAAGCAGCAGUAGAAGAAAGCCAGCAGCAAAACCAGAAGAGAAAGCUGUACGUAGUGAAUUUGCCAUGGUCUCUGACUGUCGUGGAUAUCAAGAACCUCUUUGGCGAAUGUGGGACUGUCAAAGACGUCGAGAUUAUAAAGCAACAAAAUGGGAAGAGCAGAGGCUUUGCGUUUGUGACAAUGGAUUCCGGGGAAGAAGCUCAGGCCGUCAUUGAUAAAUUUCACUCUCAUGAGGUGUUGGGUAGGACUAUCAGAAUUGAGUUUGCAAAGCAAUUUAAGAAACCUUCUCCACCGCCCUCCAAUCCCCAAAUUGGAGAGACACGCUAUAAGCUUUACGUGUCUAAUUUGGGAUGGAAAGUAAGAUCAAGCCAUCUCAGAGAUUUUGUCUCUCAAAAUUUCAAAGUUCCAGUUUCAGCCAGGGUUGUCUUUAGUGGCCCUUCUGGGAAAUCUGGUGGUUAUGGAUUUCUUUCUUUUACUACAAAGGAGGAAGCAGAGGCUGCAAUUUCUUCUUUGCAAGGGAAGGAAUUGAUGGGCCGACCAAUUAAUCUAAAAUUUAGUGAGAAGAAUGUUGGUGAUUCUGGAAGCCAAAAUGUUGAUGACUCUGGAAGCCAAAAGGAAGAGGGAGAUAGUUUUGAGGGUCAACCUGAAGAAUCGUAAGUCCACAGACAGUCUUUGACCAAAUUAAUCCGUUUUUAUUGCAGAUUAUAAUUGGAAUCUUGGGAAAGCAGAAAUUUUGACCUCAACCCCCCAUGUAGAGAUGGAAAGUGUCCUCCUGUUGUCUGUACAUUUUUCAUUGUCAUUUCCCUUCAUCUUAGCGUUAGUUCUUGGAACAAUGGUUGUGUUCUCUGUCUUUCUAAAAUGUUGGCAUACUUGCUACUAGAUUGUACCACAUAAAGAGAGUAAUUAUUUAACCUUUGUGAUUACUCAAUGAAAGCCUCUUUACAGAGUACAA